UGUUUAAAUUUUUAUAUGAAAAUGUGUUUAUAGAAUUAUUAGAAACUUCAUUAGAAUGGCAAAUUAUGUUGUUGUUCAUUUUGAAGAUGAAAAUGAUAAUUCUGUUGAAGCAAUUCCUAAAUCUUGGCUGCAAGAGGGGAACAAGUUCGGAUACUGGCCACUUUUCAGAUCAACUGGACAGAUAAAAAAUGCUAUUAAAAAUGCAACUGAACUAGUUGUAGGAGUGUGGAAACUUUGUCGCUUGCGAGUGCUCCAGCAGUAUGGCACUUUAGAAGCAGCCCGAAAGCACUCAAAAACCGCAGAAUACCAAUCUAACUUGGAAUCUGAUUAUGAGAAAGCCAAUCAUAAGCAAAAUACAAAAAGAAAACACUAUUCUAAUGUAGAUAAUCUUGAUUAUCUAUCGGAAAUUGAAAAACAGUCUCAAGAGCAAUAUGAUGAACAUAGAUUGCCCACAACUUCUACUUUUCCUGGUGGAAUUUUUAAAAAAAUGCAUGGAAAUAAGUCUGAAAAAAUCCGAAUCCAUGACAUGUUAGAAAGCAGCACUUUAGCAAUUAGCAAACAAAAUAUCACUGAACAAAAGAAAUAUGAAAAGUUAGACAAAUUUACAUUGGAUUCGGCCAGUAAUGUGAGUGAUAAAUGGCAUAGCAAAUCACCUGGUUUAUCAAUGUUCCAAGGGGAAGCUGAUCAUGCACCCUUCGAAAAAGUUAGCACAUCAUUUCAGAGAGAAAGUGGCAAUAACCAAGAUGAUCAUCCUACCUUACUUCAUUCAAUUUGUGCUCGCCUUACAAAGAUAGAGCAAAAAUUAGAUACAUGUCUUGCGCAGCAAAAAAUGAUACUGAAUGUUGUUCGCUUAUCAGAUAUUGCUGUCACAUUACCUGCGAAUAUAUCAUUGCCAUUGCGUACCAUCAUACAGUUAGAACAUCUUGAGCAGAUUCUACUCGAAAAAGCUUCAAUGGAUGCAGUGGUUAUGCAUCUUGGUCAGUUCGGUGGGCGAACUGUUGCGGAGACAGUGAAAAACAUUCUAUCUGAGUUAAUGGCCACAGAAGUGGCUCAACAAUUAAACUUUGAAGGCCGUGGAGGGCAAAAGUAAGGGAUCAAAAACAUGAAGAUUUUAUCUGCAAUUUACGGUGCAGUGCAGCACAAUCCAUUCACAAAAAAUGCUACAAAAGUGGAAAUAAGUAAUUACGUAAAGACAUGGCUUCGUAAUUCGUGCGACAGAAAAAAGUCUGAUGGGUCCGGGGGACGCAAACGCCACACUGUUGACAAUUUAACUAACAAACGUUUGGGGAAUGAGGAUUCGCAACUGGGUGAUCAAGAAGGUGAAAAUGAUGCAGAUGACGAUGAAAACUAAUAAUU